AAGCCUGGCCACUUCCCUGUACCACAAUUGUUCUGCCCUGGGGUCUGAGUACGGAAGCAGAAAAGGCAUGGUACCAGCAGAGAUCACACCUGAACAAGGGACCCAGGGGAAGGGGAGGUUGGGAGGAGCCAUGAAGGGACUGAGUGACAAUCUGAGGAACACACUGGCAUGGUCCUGGAAAGGUCUUUCAAAAAAUGCAAAAGAGGAGGUUUUGGAGAAGGCGGCACUGGUCAGACAUGACAUCUUGUUGCCAAAUGAGAGAAGCUUUCACCAUGCUGCUAAAAGAAACAAUUUGGAUAUCAUGGAGCAGCUGAUUGAGGAGAAGGUUAACAUUAAUGCUAUGAACAAUAUGAAACGCACAGCUCUGCAUUUUGCCGUGGGUGGAAAUCAUUUAUCAGCAGUAGACUUCCUUCUGAAACAUAAAGCCAGGGUGGACAUUGCUGAUAAGCAUGGCUUGACCGUCCUUCAUCUUGCAGCCUGGUCUGGGAGUUUAGAAAUCAUGCUCAUGUUAGUGAAAGCUGGAGCUGAUCAGAAAGCCAAGAAUCAGGAUGGGAUGACUAUCCUCCACUUUGCAGCCCUGAACAAUAAUGUGAAAAUUGUGGAGUAUCUUAUCCAGGAUCUACAUCUAAAAGACCUAAAUCAGCAAGAUGAGAAAGGAAGAAAGCCAUUUCUUUUGGCUGCUGAAAAGGGACAUGUUGAAAUGAUAGAAAAACUGAUCAUUCUCAACCUGCUCACUUCAGAAAAAGAUAAGGAGGGAAAUACAGCUUUGCAUCUAGCAGCAAAGCAUGGUCAUACCAAUGUUGUAGAAAUGUUGCUAACCCAGUGUCAAGAAAUAAAUGAACCCAAUGAGGAUGGAGAAACGCCAUUCUUUUUGGCUGCUGCAGGAGGUUAUAAAGAAUGCUGCAAAUUAUUAUUGGAUGCAGGAAGUGAUGUCAACAUUCCAAAUAAUAACAAAAUUACUGCUUUGCAAAUAGCAACCCAGAAUGGCCAUGUACCCCUUGUUACUUUUCUUCUCAAUGAAAACAUUGUUCUGGACCAGAAAGCUGAGCAGGAUUCCCCUCUUCACUUAGCAGUUGUCAAUAAUCAUGUCACUGUAGUGAACAAAUUAUUGGGAGCUAAGCACAACGUUGAUGCCUUAAAUCAGAAGCAGCAGACCCCUCUGCAUUUAGCAGCAGAUCUUGGAAAUGUGGAACUGGUGGAUACCUUACUGAAGGCAGGCUGUGAUCUGAAGGCUGUUGACAAGCAAGGAAAGACUGCUUUAGCUGUAGCAUCCAGGAGCAACCAUUCUCUCAUCGUAGACAUGAUCAUCAAAGCGGAGAGAUAUUACACCUGGAGACAGGAACUUAAAGGAAGCAGCUAUGACUCACCAAUAGACUCUGCUCUGACAUUCAAACAAGAUCACAGUUUAGAGACGAAGCAGAUCCGCUCUUGCCUUUGGAAAUUGGCUUACCAUCAACUUAAAGCCCAAGACUGGCGGAAGCUGGCUCGCUCCUGGGAAUUUUCAGAUGCACAGAUCAAAGCUAUUGAAGAACAGUGGUCAGGAAGUGAAAGCUCUUGUGAGCAUGGCUAUAGAAUGCUGCUCAUCUGGUUACAUGGACUACUGAUAAGACAUGAGAACCCCAUGAAACACUUGUAUGAAGAUCUGGUAAAUGCAGGAUUCCCAGAACUAGCAGAGAAGAUCCGACAACUACAAAGCAGUACAGAGGCAAGCUCUAAGAAAUGUACAAUUUCAUAGCCUCUUGAAGAGAAAUAAUAUAUUUUUCUUUGAUCCAGUGAUACAAUUUCUAGGCUUAAAUAAUGAGAUCAAAGAAGAAAAAGACUCAUAUAUAAAAAGUAUUUAUAGCAGAUCUUUUGUUAGUGACAAAGAAUUGGAAGCUAAAAGAAUGACUGAACAAUUGGGAAAUGGCUGAACAGAUUAUGCUAUAAGAAUAUAAGGGAAAAUUAUUGUGAUAUAAUAAAUGAUGCAAGAGUCGGUUUCAGACAAACCUGAGAAGACUUUUAUGAACUGACAUGUAGUAUAAGAGUAGAAUCACAAGAACUGAUAAAAUGACAUUUCAGUCAAAAACAACUUUGAAAGAUUGAUCAGUGCAAUGACCAACCAUGAUUCCAAAGAAAUGAUGAAGUUUGCUAUCUACCUCUUGAUAGAAAGGUGGUAAAGUUAAGAUAAAAAAUUACAUUUAUUUUCAGACAUGGUUAAUAAAGUGAUUUGUUUGGCUCGACUAUGCAUAU